AUGUCAGAAAGCAAAGAUGCGGGCAUCUCACCCGCGCUCGUCGAGUCCGUCGCCGGUCUCUCGGCAGGCUCGGUCGCGACUCUUGUAGUCCACCCGCUUGAUAUCGUCAAGACGCGGAUGCAGAUUCAUCGGAGCGCCGCCAACCCGUCCGUCUCGCUGACAACCAUGUCGCUCAUCCGCACACUCACCCAGAACCCGCACCCCAUCGCCUCCCUCUACCGCGGUCUGACGCCGAACCUCAUCGGCAACGCCUCGAGCUGGUCCGCCUUCUUCUUCUUCAAGUCACGCGUCGAGCGCGCCAUCGCCUACUGGAAGGCCGGCUACCUGCCCCUGACCCAUGGCUCGGACUCCGAAGCGCGGAACCUGACAAAAGAGUACCUCACCACGCAGGACUUCUUCGUCUCCUCCGCCUGCGCCGGGGCGCUCACACAGGUCCUGACGAACCCCAUAUGGGUGAUCAAGACGCGCAUGGUCUCCUCGGACCGCAACGCCGCGGGGGCCUACCAGAGCAUGUGGUCCGGCGCGAAGGUCCUGUACCGCUCCGAGGGCUGGCGCGGCUUCUACCGCGGUCUCGGCGUCGGGCUCAUCGGUGUCUCCCAUGGCGCCGUUCAGUUCGCCGUAUACGAGCCCGCAAAGAAGAUGUACUUCGCCGGCAGGCAGCGUAAGGGCGACAGCGGUGGCCGCCUGAGCAACGAGGCGACCGUCGUCAUCUCGAGCGCCGCGAAGCUGGUCGCUGGCGCGGUGACGUACCCUUACCAGGUGCUACGAAGUCGGCUCCAGAACUACGACGCCGACGAGCGGUUCGGACGCGGGAUCCGGGGCGUUGUGGCGAGAAUUUGGCAGGAGGAGGGUCUCAGGGGCUUCUAUCGCGGCCUGAUGCCGGGCGUCGUGAGGGUAAUGCCCGCUACAUGGGUCACUUUCCUCGUGUACGAGAACGUCAAGUUCUACCUCUCACAGUGGGCGGAUUGA